CAGCCUCUACCUCAGAGACCAAAAACGCUGCUCAUUGCUCGAAUUCGAACGGCUCCGCAUCGCUGUGCAUUCGUGCGACCCACCAUGCUGAGAAUCCUCUUGUUUGCCGGCUGCACACAAGCCCUGCUGGCACCAAGGACAGCACCGCGCAGCAGCACGCAGCUGCGCCUCGCCAGCCAGUCGCUCCUCGAGCGCGACAUCACCAGGCUGGCCGACCGCUCCAAAAGCUGGGCCGCAUCCAAACCCGAGGAGCGCGUCGCCGUCGCCGAGGCGUGCCUGGAGUGCUUGCGGACGGAGCCCUGGGACGCGGGCUGGCUGCAGGCCCAGACGGACCUCGAGGCCACGUCGGCGUCGCGGUCGCGCUACGUGUUUGGCGCAGUCGUGAGCGACUGGCUUGAGACGUUCAUCGAGGCCCAGGCGCCGGCGUCGGAGACGCGCCACGCCUUCGAGAACGGCGAGCGCGUGCCGCUCGGCCUCUCGGUGCCGGGCGCGACGGCCGAAAUAAUAAGAGGCGACCACGAAGCGACGGAAGCCCGGGCCGCCGAAGGCACCGUGUCCUUAGUACUGGGCGCGGGCAACCAGAGCUUUUUGGCUUUGAUAGAUGUGCUCCAGCGCGCCUUGAUCAAUAAAGAAUGCGUGAUGUUAAAACACCACCCGCUGCGACCCUGGCUCGUCAAGCCCUACGCGGCGAUCUUGGAGCCGCUGAUCGAGCUGGACGUCGUCGCGCAGACGCUGGACGAGGGCGUCGACGCGGCCGCGACGUUGGUCGCCCACCGGUUCAUAGGGCACGUGCACUUGACGGGCGGCGAGGCGACGCGCGACGCGGUCCGUAGAACGCUCGACGCCGCGGGCAAGACUGAUAUUGCAAUCUCGUCCGAGCUCGGUUGUGUGACGCCUUGGUUGAUCGCCGGCGGCGCGUGGACGGCCAAGGAGCUCAGGGUCGCAGCGCGGAACGUCGUCGCGGCGAAGAAGGCUAAUGGGGGCUCGAACUGCUUGAGCCCGCAAGUCCUGGUCGUAUCACGAGACUGGCCGCAGCGCGAGGCCUUCCUCUCGUUAGUGGACGAGGAGCUAAAACGGCAGCGCGACGAACGGGCCUAUUACCCCGGCGCGCGCGAGCGGCGCGACGCCGCGCUCGUGAAGUGUGGUAUGAAGCCACUCGGUUCCGAAUCGGACGCCGUCGGCUUCGUGCGGGACGUUUGUGACGAGGUGCUCGACGAAGAGGUCUUCGGGCCGUUCCUCGCGGUCAAGGAAGUGGACGGUGGUUUACUGGAGGCGGCGGACUUUGCGAAUCAAAAGUGCCGAGGCACGCUGAGCUGUACGGUGCUGCACCCGCAGUCGCUCAACACGAUGAUGCUGGUAGCCGUCGUGGAUAAACUAAACUACGGCUCCGUCGCCGUCAACGUCUGGUCGGCCUUCGGCUACACGGCGCUGGCGCGCGGCGCGACCUGGGGCGCGCAUCACGGCGACGACGCGUCGGGUUCGGGCGUCAUCGGGAACCACUACUCUAUACCAAACGUCGAGAAGAGCGUCGUGCGCGGCGGGCCGCUGCGCAAGACCGUGGACUUGUCUGCCAUUCCACCGGGCGUCGUCUUCGACGCGCUCUUCGAGGCGUCGGUGCGCGGGCACGGCGCGGGCGCCGGGGCCUCCGUGUUGUUCCGACGGUUCCUUGGGACGCUGCGGGGGCUCGUCCCGUUCUUGCCGCGCUCUGAGGCGUACGGGGCGCCGCCGGCGUGAUCUAUUGUAAUGCUAGUAUGUUUUUUGGCACUAGCUAGG